GUCUCAGCAAUGUGUCAUUGAAAUAUAAUUUUGUUUGAACCACCAAUCAUGACCUACGAAAAAAUAAUCCACUUAACCUAAAAAUAGUCAUUCUAGUCAUAACUGUCAUGGCUGCCACACAGUCUGACAGAGGGACAAAGGUGUGUUCUACAAACCCUGACGACAGGUUACACUGUGUGUGCACACAGAUUAUGUAUGGAGAGGAGGUCGCUGAUUGUUAAGAAGAUACUGAAGCAGAAAUCCGAGUCGACGGAUUGUCCUAGAUUGACAUCCCAUAUAAUGGACGGGUGUUUUAAAUCACGUGGUUCUCAUCCAUCUGGCGGAUCGUUUCUGCUUCGUUUUUUUGUAUUAGCCUUUUUCUUGAGUCUUUACAUCUCAUUACACUCAAACGUGUCAGGAGAAGGAAACCAAAUGAUGUGCACUGUUCCCUCAGUGAAACCAAGAAGAAGCACAGUCCUCACGUGUUAUUUUCCUGAAGAUGUCAGUGAAACAAAGAGAGAUUUUACUGUCUAUCGAUACAUUGACAGCCGUCCAGAUGUCGUCCUUGACUGCUGGUGGUGGUUGGGGAAGUUAUCCUGCUUCACGUGUCAAGGAUACAAAUACGACAGAAGGAUAUCCACCAAACUGUCGCUGGUGAUUCCCCGAGUUUCAGCAUCUGAGCUCGGCACGUACGAUUGUCGACUAAUGAGCUAUGGACCUGACUCCUUUAGCUGUGACCUCAACAUCAAGCUAGACGGAAGAUCAACCUGCGAUAUCCCUUCCGUCAAACCGGAAACACAAACUGCAGUCACGUGCUACUUUCCCGAGGACCUCAGCAAGUCUCACACAGACUUUAUUGUCUAUCAUCACUCUAGCCAAGGUUCAGAUGCUGUGUUGAACUGCACGUGGGAUGGAGACAUUCUGAACUGCACCACUUCUCAAGGUUUUCAGUUUGACAGGAGAGUGUCCAAAUACCUCAAUCUCACAAUAACUAAUGCUACAGAGGCUCACGAAGGAACAUACAGCUGUCAGAGCUCAGGCUCGGAGCCGUUUCUCUACAAUAACUGUUCUUUUACACUUCAGAAAGCUGCAAAUUCGUCCUGUUCAGUUUCAAAUGUGAAGGACUUGGACUUGGCAGAACUAACCUGCAUCUUCAGUGUUGAUAUUAGUAAAGCCAGGCAGGACUUCAGGGUAAUCCGUCUUAAGGGUCGAGGCAUCACUGUCGUUAGCUGCACGUGGCUGGAUGACCAGCUGGACUGCACCAACGAGCCGGGAUACGCCCUCGGCACCAACGUCACGGAUCGCGUCGUCAUCACACUGCCUCGAACGUCACGUCGGCAAAAUGUGACGUACGUUUGUCACCUGGAAGGCUCGGAGCCUGCUGACUCUCAGUCGUGUGAUGUUACCUUUAUAGCAGACCCUGUGAAAGUCUCAUACACAACCGUUAUUGUAGUAGCAAGUAUUGGAGCUGCUUCUCUGAUAGCAAUCAUCAUCUCCUGUGUGAUUCUUCUGUGUAGGUUACUACGAGAAAAAAGACGUUCUUUGAAGAGACGAGAUUCUGAAGAAAAGCUAAAACUGUUGCGAAAGAAGAAUAAGGAAAUCACACAUAAUUUCAUCAACUACCUCACAUCGUCCUGCCUGAAAACAUAUAAAGACAUUGAUACACGUUUUUAUUUCGUACCAUCGUUAUACCUAAACAAAAAUACAUACACACUGUGAGUUUGCCGGUGAGAAGGUUUUAAUAACCC